AUGCCGCCGAAAACCCGCGAUGAAUUCGAAAUAGCCAUCAUCUGCGCGCUGCCUCUCGAGGCAGAUGCAGUUGUAGCCUUAUUCGACGAGUACUACGACGCGGCUGGCGACAGAUAUGGCAAGCUGCCAGGUGACGGAAACACAUACACAACGGGGCGAAUAGGCCAGCAUGAUAUCGUCCUUGUCCAUAUGCCUGGGAUGGGCAAAGGGAGCGCUGCGACAGUGGCUUCAAGUGCUCGCAUGAGUUUUGUCGGAAUAAAGCUUGCGCUGGUUGUGGGAAUUUGUGGAGGUGUGCCAUUUGCAUUCAAGAAUAAUCAACAAACCGAAAUCAUCCUGGGCGAUGUUGUUAUUAGCAAUGGUGUUAUUGAGUACGACUUUGGUGCGCAAUAUCCGGAUGGGUUCAACAGGAAGAGUGAUGUGAAAGACACGCUGGAACGUCCGAAUCGAGAUAUAAGAGGCUUUCUCGCCAAAUUGGAAACAAGCAGGACGAGAAAGCAGUUGGAAUUGAAGCUGUCGGAAUACGUCGAUCAUGAUCUUCAACAUACCAGCGCAAACUAUCCCGGCGCUCAGCAAGACAUAUUGUACGAAUCCUCCUACCGACACAAGCACCGCAACUCCCCCGGCUGCACAUGCACAAGCAACAACUCUUCUCAGGAUCUGGUCUGCCCAAAAGCCCUCCAAGAAGACUGCGAAGUCCUAGGCUGUGGAGGAAACUUCAUACCACGGAAACGUCUACAGGUCAAAGAGCGUCCGAAACCAAUUGUCCACUUUGGCAAGGUCGCCUCGGCUGAUACCGUGAUGAAGUCGGGCGAACACCGCGAUACCCUUGCUAAAAAGGAAGAUGUCGUCGCAUUCGAGAUGGAGGGUGCUGGAGUCUGGGAUAGUUUKCCGUGUGUAAUCAUCAAGGGGAUUUGUGAUUAUGCGGAUUGCCAUAAGAAUAAACGCUGGCAACGGUAUGCCGCAAUGACUGCGGCGAGUUGUACAAAAGCCUUUCUUGAAUAUUGGACUCCAAGAGCCAGGGUGCAAAGUGUCUUGGUCAGCAAUCACUUCAUUUCCACGGUGCCCAUGAUCCGGAAUAGUGGUUUUCAUGGACGCAAAGAAAUCCUCGAGAAGCUUGAUGAAAUAUUCGGCCAUGCAUCUGACCGCCAAGGACGCGCCGCUUUGUCUGGGUUAGGAGGUGUAGGGAAGACUCAGAUUGCCCUCGAGUGGGCACAUCGAAACUCCUCAUCUUCCCAUAUUCUCUGGGCGAAUGGUAAAUCGAUCGAAACGCUACAAGAAAGCUAUCUAGAGAUCGCCAAAAAAGCAGGUAUCAAUCUGAAUGUGACUGCUCAAGGUGAAGCCGUUGGUGCAGUAAAGAAUUGGCUUGAUUCGACAGCUUCCGGUGAUUGGCGACUGGUCAUUGACAAUGUGGACGACCAGCACGUGGAGUCAGCAUCUAUCAGACCGCUUUUACCUAUAAGGAGGGGAGCAAUAUUGUUCAUUGGUGCACGGACAGAUGAUAUCGAUCACUUGGUGGAGGAAAGCUCACGGAUUGAGGUGCCGCCGUGGACACAGGAGGAAGCCACAAUGAUGCUUUUGAAGCUCGCAGGUCUUACGAAAGAACCAGGGACACUAGAUCCCGAGGCACAAAUGCGAUACAAGAACGCAGUUGAUCUGGCUUCGCGGCUGGGUUGCAUUCCUCUUGCCAUUGCUCAAGCCGCUGCUUAUAUCAAGAAAAACAAAAUCUCAAUACAGUCAUAUACCAAUGAAUUGUUUUCAUCGCAGACGUCGGCCGAGGUAGAGCGGUCCAAACUCUUAACUCGCACUAUUCACGGGCCCUCUGACCUUAUGCCACAAGCGGUCAUGGUUACUUGGGAUUAUUCAUAUGAACGCUUGAAGAAACAUACGCCUGCAGCAGCCAAACUUAUCCAGUUCUUCUCUUUCUUAUCGCCAGAUGGCAUACCAUUCAAAAUGCUAAAUCAAUCGACCCUACAGAAGAUAUGUGACGCGGGACCUGAUUUCAGCCUGAUAGAGGAGCUAGGUCAUCUCCAAUCAUUUGCUAUGCUACAAAUGACUUCUGCGUCGGAAAAUGGUGGGCCGGGUUCUAUGGUUAUCACAAUUCCAGCUUUAAUUGCCACAUGGAUAAGAGAUACCAAAAUUGCGAGCCCAGAUCGAGCUUCUAUCAUUGACAUUGCGUUCCGACUUGUGGCCGAGCAGUUUCCUCUAGCCAAUAGGUAUACACCAGCUGCUGGCUCGCACUUAGUCUCACAUGUGCGAGCAGUUCAAGGUCAUCGCGACACUAUCAAAGCUGAGAAGGACACGCUUUCUAAACAGCUAGACUAUAGAAUGGGGCGACAUUUGUUCUACAUGGGGCAGUAUAGGGAGGCGAAGGAACUGUUAACGACUCAUUUUCACUACCUCCAAGAGACAGAUAGCGACACUCGUGAACAAGCAAUUUGUGGACAUUAUGUCGCCUGUUCACUCGACGCUCUGGACGAUCAAGCUACCGAAGAGUGGUUUGAUCGAACCAUUGAACUGGGAAAGGCUUUGUCUAACACGGACGAGUUUGACGCGUGGGAGACUCUCACAAGGAAAGCAGGCCGUGCCUUCAAGAAAGGGAGCCUACCAAAGUCGAAAGAAAUUCUGAACCAAGUCUUGAAAGCUCGGAGCGCGUCGUUGCCAGAUGGCUACGAUGAAUCAUGUAUCUUUCCCUUGAAGUUGAUAGCUGGUAUAUGUCAGCGACUGGACGAAAUUGAGGAGGCGCUCGAAUUCUAUUCAAGCGCCUUGGAUAUUGCUGAACGUGAAUACGGGAUCAGAAAUGGACUGACCAUGAAGCUUCUUUUUGGAAAGGUCGAAGUGCUUAAGGCAUUAGAAGACAACGGCAAGGCUGAAGAAUGUCUUCAGAAGUAUCUUCUCAAGUUCUUCGAUCAAAAAUUCGCCUCGAACCAUGAAUCUUCAUGUUUGAGUGAGACACUUGAGCAAGUUUUCCCCGUGCUGAGAAAUUUGUAUCAAUACCACCCCCAGGACGAGAUUGAUCUCAAAGAUUACAUUGCAGAUGUCUACUCAAAAGAAGGCAAGCAUUUCCGAGCACUCAAUUGGCAUACAGACGCAUACGAUCAAGCUAGGAGCUCUUUUACCGAUGAAAGUCUUUACACUGCUUUUCUUCGUGAGCACUUGGCCAUGGCUCUGUCGAAAGUUGGAGAUUACGAGCUUGCUAUCACCCAUCUGCAUGCUGUGAUCAAAGUCCGAGAAAAUAACAACGCUGAUGAGAUGGCGAUUCUCAACGCGCAGUCCGCGGAAGUAUUUUUCCUUCUCGACAGUGGAGAUGGAGUUCGUGCACUUGAACUUGGUAUCACAAUCUAUGAAAAGUACAAAGAAAUCUGCUCUGAAGAGCAUUGGGAGACUAUCAAUAGUCUGACCAAUCUGGCAAACAUAUACCAAGAAAUAGGCUUUCCAAGCAAAGCCCUGGAACUCUCUCAACAGGCUAUGGAAGCUUUCGAGGCCACUGACUCUGCCGAGGAUGAAGAUACAGCUUUCCUUUCCAAGGUACGGGGUCUAGCUCUUGCGGACCUCGGCAAAUAUGAUGAAACCCUUGCAGCUUUGAAAGUGAGCGUCGAGAAUUAUCAAAAUGAUCCAUAUGAAUCCCUGCUUGUCGAGAUUGAAAUGGCCCGAGUACAAAGCAAGCUCGGAAAUCCAAAAACAGCUCUUAAAUCAUGUCAAGAUGGUCACAAGCGAAUCAAUGAAUACUCCGACGACCCGGCCGGCCAUCCAUUGCGAUGGCAAAUUUUCUUCGCCGAAGCAUCAAUAUACAUGGACCUUUCCGAACCCGACAAAGCACUAACCGCGCUCCGCAAAGCCGAGGACAUGGCCCUAGCCCAUUUCAACAAAACGCACACAUCCAUGUCCAAGAUCUUCCUGGCGAUGGCCCGCGCCGAAAUGGCGUUGGCCGAGAAGACGAAGCCGAAGAAAAAGGGAAGCCCCUGGCAAGAAUCGAAUGGCCAUUUCCAGCGCGCUCACGACUUUUAUGCGCAGUCGGCAGAGGGUUUUCGUCGAAGCUUUGGAAAGGAGAGCAAAUAUGUGGGUGAGGCGACUGAUGGAAUGAUUAUUUCGGCGAAGCAUAUGGCGGAGUUGCAGCUACAGAAUGCUCAGGCGCAGGGCGGUAAAUUUCGUAGCAGCAAAGUUCGAUACCCAUCCACCCUGACAUUUCCCUCUCAUACCGACGGAGAACAGACCGAUGAAAAACAGGAUCACUUUCCCUCAACAUCCUCCGCUGCCGGCGCAGCUUGCUCACCCUCGUCGGAAACUUUCACGCGCUCGUUGUUGGGCGACGUCGCCGUCUCACCCGCCGGCGAUAUCUGA